AAAUUGUGCCAUGUGUCUGUCAAUUGUUAUUUUGUUGAAUAAAUAAAAUUAUUAAUUUCGUAUAAUGUGCGAUAGCAUUGUGCCCUGUUAUAGCUUAGCAAAACCGCAAAAAUAUCGUGAAUUAUCUGUACUUCUAUUGGAUUGUUGGCAGCGUGAAUAUGACCAGCGACCGUAUCGUAAUUUUGUAUUCGAAAGAUUGUGUUUCGAAGAACGUAUGCAGCGUUUAUAUGAUCCCGUACGAGAUUUAGGCACGAUCAUUGAGUUUAUUAACUUACGAUCACAAUUGCUGAGUGUUAAAAUAGUGGGACUACAAUUGUUGGCCAGCGAAUUCGAAUUGAUCGAGAAGAUUGUUGAAAGUCUGAAUACAAUUAAAUGUAUUAAGUUGAAACUGAUGAAUUUACCGAGUGGAUUUUUUGAGAUGCUUGCAAAAAAUGUCGAUUGUAUGCAUGUGGAAGAGUUGGUAUUAGAGGGAACUCCAUUAGAUGACUGUGCUAUAGAGUGGCUUCGACAUAUUAUCAUUAAUUCAAACACACUUCAACAUCUUCACAUUGGCUAUUGCAGUGUUACUCAAUAUAACUUUGCGAAUCUAGCCGAUGGAGUACACAAAUCCAAAACGUUAAAGACUUUCAUUUGCAAUCGUUUAUUGGGCGCCACUUUAAGUUUAGAUUCCCAAAAAAUCGCCCUUCUCAUAUCCUCGCUAAUAUGGCAAAAUAAAUUGCAGUCCAUCGAAAUGGAAAUGUGUGAAAUGAAUUCGGAUGACAUGGAAAUCAUUGCAGAAUAUUUAUACAACAUAGAAUCUAAAUUGUCGAAAUUAAAUGUGGCCUUUAACAAAAUUGGUCCAGAUGGUGCAGAGCACCUACUCAAAGCAAUUUCCUUUUCAGGAAAUUUGAAACAUUUAAAUAUGAGCGGUUGUGGCCUGGGUACACAUGGUGGAGAAAUUGUUUCGAAGUAUCUUAGCUCUGGUAUAAGUUUGGAGGUAUUAUUUAUAGAAAAUAAUAAUAUUGGACCAGAGGCUGUAUCAAUGAUUCUAUUAACCAUGAAGAAACCGUUGCCGCUUGAAAAACUCCAUCUAUGGGAUAAUAAAUAUAAUCCAAGAACAGGCAAUAUUUUGCGCCGUUUAAUUGAGGCCAAAGUUGUUUGGCAGGAAUGCUUGGAUAUAACUUAUACGUAUGAUGACACCAUUCCUGGUUGGCGCGUUAUACCCUGGAGAUAGAUGGCGCAUAAAUAGAUAAAUAAAUAAAUUGGAAAUUGAGAAUCUAUUGAAUUUUA